AUGCUGUGGAUUCAGAGGAGAAGGAGAAGGAAGAACAAAGCUGAGUGUGCAGACAACUUCAAAUCAUCAGAAGGCCACAAAACAAAGAAAGAGGACUGGAUCAAGUCUCACUUUAGCCGGCUUUCCGAUGAGAAGCUGGUGACCGCCAGCCAUGCUGCUCUUCCCACUCCUCAGCUGGAGAAUGGGGACGGAGAGGCCGCCAAGAUCCAUGUGGAGACCUUCGCCUCGAGGCAAGGAGGCAGAGGCCGCUCUUUCUGCCAGGAAUCUGUCACCAACAGACAGCGGACAAUGGGGUCCUCGGUGAUCAAAGAGACCAGCAGGGACUCUGGGAUGUCUUCUUCCGCAGAUGAGGACACCUGGGCUGCAGUGGCUGCCUGCACCAGGGAGAUAGAUUAUAAGGGGCAGCAGGUGGCCAACUCCAUGCUCCAGCGAUCCAAGGUCUGCCAGCAGACAGGCUACCUGGAGUCAAAGGACAGCAACCUAGAGGAGCUGAAAGCUCUUGAAGAGGUACAGAUGAAACGGAAAGGGAAUUUCCUUAUCCAGCGAGAGAAAACUAUGGCUGGCAUGAGCCACUCUCCCACUCUGCAGAGUCGGAGUCACCAUGGCCACCAAGGUCAUCUGGGCUCCCUGAGCCACCAAGGUCAUUCGGGCUCCCAGACCCACCAAGGUCAUCUAGGCUCCCAGAGCCACCAAGGUCAUUCGGGCUCCCAGACCCACCAAGGUCAUCUAGGCUCCCAGAGCCAUCAGAGUCAUCCAGGUUCUCAGAGCCACCAAGGUCAUCCAGGUUCCCAGAACCGUCAAAUUUAUUCAGGUCAUCAGAACCUCCAAGGUCAUCCAGGUCACCAGAGCCAGCACGUUCAUGUAGGCUAUCAGAGCCACCAGGUCUAUCCAGGUCACCAGAGCCUCCAGGGUCAUCCAAGCCAACAGAGCCACAACCGCAGCCACCAGAUCUAUGACUCUUUCGAAGCCGCCUAA